AUGACUACCUCCAACAUGAACAACGUCGAGAACACCAACGGUACUUCAGGAAAGACUGAGCCAAAAUUGCCAGUUCCUGCACCUCAGGGCUCCGGAGUCAUUGAAAUUGAAGCAACUCGCUCUGCUCUCGGAGAAUCCGAGAAGUUGAUGCACUCAUUGUCAAUUGCUCCCUCCCAGCGAGAGCGCCGAGGUUCAAGAAACUCGUUCGGUGCUUCCCUUCCUAUCCCACGAGUCAAGCGUCCAUCCCACCUUUACCGCCCUGGUCUUCCUGCCUCAGUUCCCUCAUUCGACAUUCUCGCUGCCAAGGCUCAGGAUCUUGCCCAAGAGAAGGUUUCGGCUGCCAAGAAUGUUGCCUUUAUCUUUGAUAUCGAUGGUGUCCUCGUCCACGGUGACAGGGUCAUUCCCGAGGGUGCAAAGACCUUGGAGAUUCUUAACGGACAGAAUGAGCUUGGUCUCAAGAUUCCUCACAUCUUCUUGACCAACGGGUCCGGAAAGCCAGAGGCAGAGCGUUGUGCUCAGCUUAGUAAGAUCUUGAACUCUCCCAUCUCUACCAAACAGUUCAUCCAAUCACACACCCCCAUGUCUGCCUUGGCAGAGUACUACAGCACCGUUUUGGUAGUAGGUGGCGAGGGCUACCGUUGCCGAGAGGUUGCCGAGAAGUACGGCUUCAAGGACGUUGUUGUUCCCAAUGACAUCGUCGCCUGGGACGAGAGCAUUGCCCCAUACCGAACUUUCGGAACAUGGGAGAGGGCGUCUGCACGACCAAGAGAUUUCUCGAAGCACAACAUUGAUGCUAUCCUUGUGUUCUCUGAUUCAAGAGAUUACGCCACAGACGCACAGAUCAUCAUGGAUCUCCUGCAGUCCGAGAACGGUCGUCUAGGCACCAAGGCCAAGGACCCUGUCAGCCAGCGUAUCCCUAUCUAUUUCUCACAUGGCGAUCUUCUCUGCCCAACUGAGCACAAGUACCCCCGUAUGUCCCAGGGUACCUUCCGUCUCGCCCUCGAGGCCAUGUACAAGGCCAUCACCGGCGUUGAACUCGAGCGUACCAUCUACGGAAAGCCCGAAAAGGCUACCUACACCUACGCCGACGAGUGCCUCACCUCAUGGAUGGAGGAGAUCCACUCUGAGAAGGUACUGCCCCAGAACGUCUACAUGAUCGGAGACAACCCGCAGUCCGACAUCAUUGGCGGAAACCUCUACGGCUGGAACACCUGCCUUGUCAAGACCGGUGUCCACCAGGGCGACGAGAACGACAAGGAGAACCCAGCCAGCAUGGGUGUCUUUGAGAACGUUCUUCACGCGAUCGUGACCGUGUUGAGGAAGGAGUUGGGAGCGGACUUCAAGUUCCAGUUCGACAUCGAGAACCCAGUACUGGCCGGCGCCGGUGUCUCCGCUGUCGAAUAG